AUGUGGGUAGCAGACCCGCGAGCCACUAGGAGUUGCUACCAUGUGUUGAGGAGUUGCUACCAUGUAUUGAGGAGUUGCUACCAUGUGUUGAUCUGUUGUCUUUCUCAGGAAGGGAAGAAGAAGUUUGACAAGGAGACAGAGAAAUACUACACCGUUCUAGAGAAGCAUCUGGCCUUGUCCUCCAGGAAGAAAGAGCCGUUCUUACAAGAGGCAGACACACAGAUUGACAAGGAGAGGCAGGUGUUCUAUGAUGCUUCCCUGGAGUAUGUCUUCAAGAUUCAGGAGGUCCAAGAGAAGAAGAAGUUUGAGUUUGUGGAACCGCUGCUGGCCUUCCUGCAGGGUCUGUUCACGUUCUACCACGAAGGAUAUGAGCUCGCUCACGAGUUUGAGCCUUACAAACAACAGCUCCAGUUCAACCUGCAGAACACAAGGAACAACUUUGUGAGUACGAAGCAAGAGGUAGAGAAACUGAUGAAGAGAAUCAGAUCAGCUGAUCAGGACUACAAACCUCCAGGGCAGUGGACCAUGGAGGGGUUCCUCUACGUCCAGGAGAAACGGCCACUGGGAUGCACGUGGACGCGACACUACUGUACGUAUGAGAAAAGCAGCAAAGCCUUCACCAUGACCACCUUUGAAACCAAAUCAGCUGGCAAACAGAAUGGUCUGGUGGUGAGUCCAUCUGAGAUGUUCAAGCUGAAGUCCUGUAUCCGAAGGAAGACCGACUCCAUCGACAAGCGUUUCUGCUUCGACAUCGAAGUGGUGGAGAGGCAUGGCAUCGUGACUCUCCAGGCUCUGUCUGAGUCCAACAGAAGGCUGUGGCUGGAGGCUAUGGAUGGCAAGGAGCCGAUUUACAAUCUUCCAGCCAUUCUGAGCAAGAAAGAAGAGACGUACCUAAACGAGGCAGGGUUUAAUUUUGUGAGGAAAUGUAUUGACUUGGUGGAGGUACGAGGGAUCAACACAUUGGGCCUCUACAGAAUAGGAGGGGUCAACUCUAAGGUCCAGAAGUUGAUGACCACUGUGUUUGCAACCAAGGCUCCAGUUGAUAUGAACCUGGACCCAGACACCUGGGACAACAAGACCAUCACCAGUGGCCUGAAGAAUUACCUCAGGUGUCUCUCUGAAGCCUCUGCUGAGCCUUUAAGCUCCACCAAAGACUUCAUCAUGGCCGUAGUAAAGUGUGAAGACCAGAACUACAGGGUUAGGGCCGUCCAUGCCUUGGUCCACAAGCUGCCUGAAAGGAACAAGGAGAUGAUGGAGCUACUGAUCAAACACCUCGUCACAGUGUCCACCCACAGCCAGUUCAACCUGAUGACGGUGUCCAACCUGGGCGUGAUCUUCGGGCCCACGUUGAUGAGGUCACAGGAGGAGACGGUGGCCGCCAUGAUGAACAUUAAAUUCCAGAACAUCGUGGUGGAGAUUCUCAUCGAGAACUUUGACAAGAUCUUCCACCAGCCUCCAGACCCCAACGUACCUCUGCCCCAGCCCCAAUCCCGACCAAGCUCACGUAGGAGCAGGGCCAUCUGCCUGUCCACAGGCCCUAGGAAGCCUCGCAGCAUCUACACCCCAACACUGUGCCUUGCAGACGCUGACAGUGACACGUUCAGCAGCAGUCCAGGCAGCACCCCCUUGGGAAGCAUGGAGUCCCUCUCCUCCCACUCCUCUGAGCAGAACAGCUCCUCCAAGACAACUGGCACUUCCUCCCACCACCAGCCCAAAGACAAGGCUUCCCAUCCCCCUGGCCUGUGGCUGGGGAUGGGGCAGGGGACGAGCCAGUGGCUCGGGAUGGGUCAGGGUACCAGCCUGAAGCAGGGGAUGGGUCAGGGGACCAGCCUGGGGCAGGAGAUGGGGCAGGGGACCAGUAUGGGGCAGGAGAUGGGUCAGGGCCCAACCCUGGGUCUCCGUCGCUCCCCCUCACAGCUCUCUUCCAACGGGCCAGGGAAGGGAAGCGUCCCAUCCUGCCUCAGCAGCCCAGAGUCUAGCUCCAGGGAAGACGUGGAGACAGGGAGGACAGACGGGGAGUCGGAGGGAGAUGCUCUGAGUCUGUCCUCAGCCAGCACCACAGCUACACCCAGGGGGUCCAUCGGCCCGAAGAAAGCCCCCCACUCCCAGACGGAUCUCCGGCCGGUGCCCGUGACCCAACUGACCCAGCUGAACCGCUCAGCCGCUCCCUCUCUGAGGUCACUGUAUAUAUCUGAAGGCCGUAGGAGUCUGGCAGGUUCAGUCCAGAGUCUGUCUGCCGUGACGCUGGACCAGAAAGACCAACAGAAGGAUCGGAAGGAGAGUGUAGAGUCUACAGACCCCCCAGACCGCCCUCCUAAGCUAGUCACCCGUCGGAGAUUGGACAGACCGGACAAGAUGGAGUCCUCCAGCAACGGAUACCAGAGACCAGGAUCAGUGGUUGCUGCAAGAGCCAUGCUGUUCGAAAACUGCCCUUCAGCGGCGCAGACCACACCUGUUGGAAGAGACGCCAAGGCCAUGUACUCCUGUGAGGCAGAACACAGCCAUGAGCUCAGCUUCCCACAGGGGGCUCUCUUCUCAAACGUGUAUCCAUCUAUUGAACCUGGCUGGAUCCAAGCAACGUUCCAGGGAAAGACUGGCCUGAUCCCUGAGAACUAUGUGGUUUAUCUCUAACAACAAACUGACUGCUCCAAGACCUAAACAUCCCAAACGAACCUUGAUCAUUUCAUGGUAUCCAUGGUAACAAUAAUCUGUAACGUGAUUGUUGUGAAGGCCAAGUUUCCCCAUUGAUCAGACAUGUAGAUAUGGGAACGUUGAGUAUCGUUCAUAUGCAGUAGAAGGAGCAGAUGUGUGUUUUUAAUCACCUGAAUGAUAUACCUACCUACCGUAUCUACACCCUUAUCAAGAUGAAUACUUCUGGUCAUGUCAUGCUGCUGGUCCUAUUCUUAUAGGUGUUGAAAUACUGUUCCAGGUGGGAUAUGCAGUAAAAACAUACACGAUUGAUAAUAUACACUGAACAAGAAAUAUAAACUCAACAUGUACAGUCCCGUGUUUCAGGAGCUGAAAUAAACAACAUCCCUGAAAUGUUUCAUACGCAAAGAAAGCUUUUUCCUCUCACAUUCUGUGUUUACAUCCCUGAGCAUUUCUCCUUUGCCAUGAUCAUUCAUCCACCUGACAGGUGUGGCAUAUCAAGAAGCUGAUUAAGCGGCAUCAUUACACAGGUGCACCUUGUGCUGGGGGACAUUAAAAGGCCACUCUAAAAUGUGCAUUUUUGUCACACAACACAAGGCCACAGAUGUCAAAAUGUUUGAGGGAGCGUGCAAUUGGCAUGCUGACUGCAGGAAUGUCCACCAGAGCUGUUGCCAGAGAAUUUAAUGUUCCUUUCUCUACCAUAAGCCGCCUCCAACGUUGCUUUAGAGAAUUUGUCAGUACAUCCAACCGGCCUCAAAACCGCAGACCACGUGUAUGGCGUUUUCUGAUGUCAGCGUGAACAGAGUGCCCCAUGGUGGCAGUGGGGUUAUGGUAUGGGACAGGCAUAAGCUAUGGACAAAGAAAACAAUUGCAUUUUAUCGGUGACAAUUUUAAUGCACAGAAAUCCAGAGACGAGUACCUGAGGCCCAUCGAGAGGCCCAUUUUGUUUAAGGCAUCUGUAACCAACAGAAGCACCUCUGUAUUCCCAGUCAUGUGAAAUCCAUAGAUUAUGGCCGAAUGGAUUUAUUUACAUUAAUUGAUGAACUGCAUGUUGCGUUUAUAUUUUUGUUCAGUAUAAUAUGAAAAAACGUCCAGGAUUCAAUUGCGAUUUUGUCGGCUAUGCACCAUGUAGAAGUAACAUAUCUGAAUGAGCUGACAGGUUUACUGUGAAUGCCUUCUCAGUGGAAGAACAUUGCCUUUAAAAGGUGCAUAGCGGACACAGCGUGGACUAAAUCCUACUAAUAAAUACCCACAGGUGUAAAGAUAUACAGGUAUGUUACCCAUAGACCUGCUGGUUGUCUGUCUGUAGUGUUGUGGUACUAGUUUAGUUCCAGUAUUACGUCUGUCUCGUUUAGAUGACAGGUAGGAUUCCCUUCUUAGAUCAAACCAACACAUCUUUCUGAAUCUCUAAACAAAAUUUAGAUAUCGUACAUUUCAAUGUUUAUGGCAAUAAACAGUUAUUUAAUGUGAAAUAGUCAGUGCACCGGGUGUGCUUGUUGUUCCAACAUAGAACACCAUGUACAUGGAAUCAUGUCAUUUUAUCAGGACGCUCUUACCCAGAGCGCCUUGCUUCAAGGGCACAUCGACAGGUGGUUUUACCCAGUUGGCUCGGGGAUUCGAUCCAACUGACUACGUGGCGCACUACUUUUGACCAGGACUCAUUGGAGAUGUAUUUCCUAACUAGUAAAUCACUCAAGUGUUUUUCCUAACUAGUAAAUCACUCAAGUGUUUUUCCUAACUAGUAAAUCACUCAAGUGUUUUUCCUAACUAGUAAAUCACUCAAGUGUUUUUCCUAACUAGUAAAUCACUCAAGUGUUUUUCCUAACUAGUAAAUCACUCAAGUGCACUUUUGUUUAAAUAUAUGGUACCUGCACGUCACACAUCUUCAUCUUCCUCUAUUUGGUACUAUUAACGUAUUUAGCCUUUUAAUCUUCACUGUGUAUUGAAAGAAAUGAUCACUUAAAUGCCAGGAUUCGAUCCGAUCCCUCUUCGUCAGCUAUGCACAUUUUAAAGCCAACGUUCCUGUGUUCGUAGAGACCACGGAGAUGACCUUUAAAUGGUGCAUGAUCCAUAUCGUCGAUCGGCUUGAAUCUUGUUUUAUGUAUCGUUACAUCUAAAUGAUGAAUUAGAAUACUGAAUGUUUGUCUAAUGUCCGAUAUAUUACUCUCUAGUCUAGUACGCUGGUGUACUAGCAACGUCAACGGUGAAUUAUAUCAACUCAGACUAAACAUGUAUAAUAUGAGGCUACGUCCCAAAUUGCACCCUUUAGCCUAUAUAGUGCACUACUUUAGACCAGAGCCCUAUUCCCUAUAUAGUGCACUACUUUAGACCAGAGCCAUAAGAACCCUAUGCCCUAUACAGUGCACUACUUUAGACAGGAGCCCUAUGGACCUUAUGCCCUAUACAGUGCACUACUUUAGACAGGAGCCCUAUGGACCCUAUUCCCUAUAUAGUGUACUACUUUAGACAGGAGCCCUAUGGACCCUAUUCCCUAUAUAGUACACUACUUUAGACAGGAGCCCUAUGGACCCUAUUCCCUAUAUAGUGCACUACUUUAGACCAGAGCCAUAAGAACCCUAUGCCCUAUACAGUGCACUACUUUAGACAGGAGCCCUAUGGACCUUAUGCCCUAUACAGUGCACUACUUUAGACAGGAGCCCUAUGGACCCUAUUCCCUAUAUAGUGUACUACUUUAGACAGGAGCCCUAUGGACCCUAUUCCCUAUAUAGUACACUACUUUAGACAGGAGCCCUAUGGACCCUAUUCCCUAUAUAGUGCACUACUUUAGACAGGAGCCCUAUGGACCCUGGUUAAAAGAGGUGCACUAUGAAGGGAAGAGGGUGCCAUUUGGGACGUAUCCUCCGAUUCUAUUUUUUAUGAAAGAUGGUGUUUGAUAUUUAAUUUUGUCACAAAAAACUAAAGACUCAAGUAAUAAAUGUGUAACUUGUGUACAACA